UCAGGGCGCAGCACCCGCGCUGUUGACAGGACGCUCAGCUGUUACUAAGUGACCGCCCGCUUGCUUAGUUACCCAGCUCCCACACCGAGAGUCGUGACUGCAGCAGCUCUGUGACCCGCUCCGAGUGCCCGCAGCCCCGGCGACAUGACGCGCAAGUGUAUCUGCGAGAUAUGUACCUGCGGGCGUCACCGUUGCCCGCACAUGCCUACUAAGAUUUUUGAGAAAUCGGGGCAGCCGUGCCUUUUGACUGAAUAUGUGGAAAAAUACCCUCAGUAUGAUAAUAUCCAACCACCACAAAGCCUGAAACCAAAGCAGGAAACCCAGGGGAACCGCGGAAAGAUGGAAGGAAUAACAACCUUUAAGUCAGAUUAUAUUCCAUACGAAGUAACAAAUCGCCCAUUUCGUCCUCAUCAAGAGUAUCUACCAAAGCCUGGUCACAUUGACCUUGGGACAACCUAUAAACAAGACUUUAACCCCUAUAAGAUAGAACCAAUGAUUCCAGCACGACCAGUAGAAAAAAGGCAAGCAAACCUGGGAACAUUUGACACAAAUCCUACAUAUAAAGAUGACUACAGAUCAUGGGGCAUCCAAAAAAGAGAACUUUAUAAACCAGAACAUUCAUACCAACAACCAAAUAUGAAAUUUGGAAACGCAACUACAUUCCAGGAUGAUUUUUUUCCUAAGGAAAUAAAGCCAAGAGAAAGUUUCAAGCCACCUGGUGUAGCAAAACAUAGUGAUGCACCUUUUGAUAGCACUACAAGUCAUCGUACUUCAUAUGUUCCUUACGAGAUCGGACCAAGGGUUGCAAGACAAAAGCAGGAGUAUAAGCCCAGCAGUCAACCAUUUGAAGAUCUAACCACCCAUCGUCUCAAUUUUAAAGGUGCCAUUGGUGAAAUGACAAAAAGUUGUAAACCUGAGCAUAAUAAAGUUGGUAGCGAUGCCCGAUUUGACGGCAGCACUGAAUUUCGGGAUAGCUUUCAGCCAUGGCAAGUUCCACCACACCAUGUCAAUAAGUCUGUGGAAUAUAUUCCACCCACUACUCACAUGGAGGUAGAUACUACAACUCAUCUAGAUUAUGUACCACACCAAUUCAGUUAUGUGGCCCCAAUUCGACCUGUCUCUCACGGAAGGAGAAGCAAUGUUCCAUUCCAAGGAAAUUCUACCAUGAAGGAAGAUUUUAGGGCCUGGGAAGCUAGACGUCAAGAAAUGAUCAAGAAAGACCAUCAGAUUCCAAAGCCUGCUGGAAAAUUUGAUGGGUUAACCACCUUUAAAUCUCACUAUGUUCCUUAUGAAAUCCAUCCAACUGAAAGCUUUAAGCCAUCCAAUACAGCAGCUCGAAAUCAAGCCCCAUUUGAAAGUGGAACCUUAUACCGCUCCGAUUUUACUCCCAAGAAGAAUGAAAUUUGCCCUGCAAAUUACCCAUUGCCACCGGGUUAUGUCUUUGAGAGUGUCAAUAGCCGAGGCCACAAAAUGUUUAGAAAGAUGCUUACUCCAGAGAAAAAUUAUUUUUCCAAUACAAAUGAGGAAAACCUUGCAAAAGCAAUUGCUGUCAUAUAAUAAUUCAGGUGCCUCCUAGAAUCUUUAAGAAAGCCUGAAUAUAUAAUAAUGUAUUACUUUUUACAGUUUUAAAUAAAAUAAAGUAUUAUUCAUAUACUCAUUUAAGAAUCUUACCUACAAAAGUAUAUAUCAAAUGAUAUAAUAUAUGUCAGGGAGACAGUAUAUUCUGACAACUAACAUAUUUCAGGGAGAUACCUUUAGAAAGCUACCAAUAAAAUAGCACCAAAAUGGUAAAGAAAUGUAUUCUUUCUCAGAUUCAUUCUUCCUUUUAUAUUGCCAUAGACUGCAUUAUACCAAUAUCAUUUAUGUACCUUUCUUUCCCUUUAAAGGGCAUUUCUGUAACUAUGCUCCAAUUUGUUUAUGAAAUCCGUAGAUUUUCUUUUCUUUAUAUUGUAGAUUUCCAUUACUAAUCAUAACAUGAAUGUUUGAUUUGGUUAAAGAUAAACAUUAUGUAUCUGAAUUGUAUAUUUUGACAGUGUUGAGCAAAUAAAUCACUAUGUCCACCAGUUGUAAUUCCAUAUGAUUGUUUUCCACAAACAUGAAUAAAUAGUAUUUUCAGCGCUU